AUGAAAUUAUUCUUUUCUGUUUUUCAGAAUCCAGCUGAGAUCAUGCUGCCACAAACAGCCCUUUUGCUGCUAAUGUCCUUGAACUUGGUUCAUGGAGUGUUUUAUACUGAGCGAUACCAAACACCUACGGGCAUAAAAGGCCCACCAUCCAACACCAAGACACAGUUCUUCAUCCCUUAUGCCAUAAAGGGUAAAGGCGUGUCACUAAGAGGAGAGCAGGGUAUCCCCGGUCCACCAGGCCCCGCUGGACCCCGAGGGCACCCAGGCCCGUCAGGACCACCAGGAAAACCCGGCACCGGAAGUCCUGGGCCCCAAGGACAGCCAGGGUUGCCAGGACCACCGGGACCGUCAGCCACUGGGAAGCCAGGUUUGCCAGGACUCCCAGGAAAACAAGGGGAGAGAGGACUAAAUGGACCAAAAGGAGAUAUUGGACCAGCUGGUUUACCAGGACCACGGGGCCCACCAGGGCCACCUGGAAGCCCCGGCCCAGCUGGAAUUUCUGUUCCAGGAAAACCUGGGCCACAAGGACCUACAGGAGAACCAGGUCCCAGGGGCUUUACCGGAGAAAAGGGUGCACCAGGGGUCCCUGGACUGAACGGACAGAAAGGGGAAACGGGGUAUUGUGCUCCUUGCCGCCCAGGUGAGAGAGGCCUCCCAGGUCCUCAGGGUCCCACGGGACCCCCUGGCCCUCCUGGAGUGGGGAAAAGAGGUGAAAAUGGGUUACCAGGACAGCCAGGCCUCAAAGGUGAUCAGGGUAUUCCAGGGGAAAGGGGACCAGCCGGCCCACCAGGCCCCCAAGGCCCUCCUGGGGAACAAGGACCAGAAGGCAUUGGAAAGCCAGGAGCCCCUGGAACUCCAGGCCAGCCAGGGAUCCCAGGGACGAAAGGUCACCCUGGGGCUCCAGGAACAGCUGGGCUCCCAGGGGCUCCCGGCUUUGGGAAACCAGGCUUGCCAGGCCUGAAGGGACAAAGAGGACCCGUGGGCCUUCCAGGGAGUCCAGGUGCCAAAGGGGAACAAGGCCCAGCAGGUCAUCCUGGGGAAGCAGGUCUGCCUGGACCCUCAGGGAAUAUGGGACCCCAAGGACCAAAAGGCAUUCCAGGCAACCCGGGGCUCCCAGGCCCUAAAGGUGAGAUGGGGCCAGUGGGGCCUGCAGGAAACCCUGGGGCAAAGGGAGAAAGGGGCUCCUCUGGCUUAGAUGGAAAACCAGGGUACCCAGGAGAACCAGGUCUCAAUGGUCCCAAGGGUAACCCAGGGUUGCCGGGCCCAAAAGGUGACCCUGGAAUCGCAGGAUCCCCUGGUCUCCCAGGCCCCGUGGGUCCAGCAGGAGCUAAGGGAGUGCCUGGACACAACGGUGAGGCUGGGCCCAGAGGUGUCCCUGGAAUACCAGGUACUAGAGGUCCCAUUGGGCCACCAGGCAUUCCAGGAUUCCCUGGACCCAAAGGCGAUGCGGGAAUUCCAGGGCCUCCUGGCCCAGCUGGCAUAGCAGUCAAGGGCCUCAAUGGCCCUACUGGGCCACCAGGGCCUCCAGGACCAAGAGGCAAUGCUGGGGAGCCUGGCCUCCCAGGGCCCCCAGGGCCCCCAGGCCCUCCAGGCCAAGCAGCCCUGCCCGAGGACUUUGUAAAGGCAGGCCAAAGGCCGUUUGCUAGUGCCAGUCAGGGAGUAACAGGAGUGCCAGUGUCUGCUUUCACUGUCAUCCUCUCCAAAGCUUACCCAGCUAUAGGCACUCCUAUCCCAUUCGAUAAGAUUCUAUAUAACAAGCAACAGCAUUACGACCCAAGAACUGGAAUCUUUACCUGUAAGAUUCCAGGGAUAUAUUACUUCUCUUACCACAUACAUGUGAAAGGGACCCAUGCUUGGGUAGGUCUGUAUAAGAACGGCACCCCUGUAAUGUACACCUAUGAUGAGUACAUCAAGGGCUACCUGGAUCAGGCCUCAGGGAGCGCCGUAAUCGACCUCACCGAGAACGACCAGGUGUGGCUCCAGCUGCCCAAUGCAGGCUCGAAUGGGCUGUACUCCUCUGAGUACGUCCACUCCUCUUUCUCAGGAUUCUUGGUGGCUCCAAUGUGA